UCCCUUCUUUCAAUCCGCUGGAAUUUGACAAAGGAAUCAUGGCCACCACCGUACGCACUGUCCGUCGUUUUCUGUUAGAAAGUUACAAGCCCCGCGUAUUACAUUCUGCGCGUGCGGCAUCAACGGUUGCGGGUAGGGAAGUUUUCUCGCCUGCUGUCGCCUUUCUAAUUGAUAGCAACCAUAUCGACAUUGACACGGUUCGUCGUUUGCCGCGAACCGGGCCGAGGAAUAGACUCUUGAAAGGGGAUGUGCUUCGUUUUCUGUCAGAUCCAAGUGUUUUGGACCAAGCAGUCAAUGCGGGGCACACACAAACGUCUCAAGGAGGCGCGCUUGCGGAGGAUGCUUCUUUGAUACCACCGUCGUACUACGGGACGGAUGUGGUCGUCAACGAGCUGGUGACGUUCGUCAAGAACUUCAACGAUGCGCGAAAUUCUAAAAUAUCCAUUAGCGACCUUCUAACCCGAGCAUUAUAUUUAGCACUACAGACUGUCCCGGAAGUUAACACACGAUGGAACGAGCAGACACAAGCUGCGGAACCAGUCGAGCCAGUUCAAAUUCUAAUAAAUCGUCUGUCCGCUUUUGGAAUCUCACGAAUGGUGCUGCGAGACCCAAAUGAGAUAGGAGGUGUUAAACUCGGCAAGCUUUUCAAGGAUGAAGGCAACACAGCGGACAGCACUCGGGGACUAUUCAGCAUAUAUGAUGCUGUCUUAUCUCCUUUCACCGAAAUAGAACCUUCUCUGACCUCUCGUCAGACAGCCCUCUUCAAUAUCUCCCCAAUACGCAAAGUACAUCGCAUUCAAGACUCGACAAUAACCUCAAAAAGUAGCGACGUGUUGGACUACCUCGCCGGCAAUUUUGUAUCUCGAACUCCACAAGCAUCUGUCAAAUGGCAUCCCAAUGAACAAUCGCCCUCUAUACGAUCGAGGGUCCGCGACGAGAUCGACGUCUUGGCACAGCCAGGGCUCAGCAGUUUUUAUACAGGAUACUUAGAUGGCGAGUGUGAGCCUAUGGUGAAUUACACACUUUCCGUGGACUUGACGGUGGAUGCAAGAGCGGUAUCUGAAAAGACGGCAAAGAAGUUUUUAAGUGUAUGGCAAACGUUGCUGAAAAAUCCCAAAGCACUGCUUUGAAAUUAAGGUUGUCGGCGGUCUAUUUUUCAUCUUUUCUUUCUUUGGCUUUCGAGAUCAUUGCUUAAAAAGCCCCCUCCUCUAAACCUACAUUAAAUACAAUAUUAUGUACAUUUGCUACGUGUAACUUCUAUGUAAUAUCUAUCCACUUAAAAUACUAUCUUCCCACAGGAG